CUCUCACAUUGCACCGUCGCGAAUACGUUGUGGCGGCUAUUAGUGGUAACUGACCAUCAUUCUCUUUUCAAAACGAAUCUGCAAGGUUGUAUUUAAAAUAAUAUUAAAAAUAAAUAACAGUGAAAUAAUUCAAUACGAAUAUUGUUUUGUGUGUGUACGUUAAUCUAUUUUUUAAAUUCAGUUCAAUCAUAUUUUUUAUAUUAUCAUGGAGAAAAGAAUAGACUUGGAAAAACGAGGAAGGCAACCUGGCGAAAUUACAGAGUUAAAUUUAGAUAACUGCAGAAGUACCAGUAUUGUUGGAUUAACAGAUGAAUUUACAAAUUUAGAAAUAUUAAGCUUGAUCAAUGUUGGUUUAACAUCACUCAAAGGUUUUCCAAAAUUACCAAAUCUAAAAAGGCUCGAAUUGAGCGAUAACAGAAUUUCAAAUGGUUUAAAUUUAUUGGUCUCAAGUCCAAAAUUAACAAAUUUAAAUCUCAGUGGUAACAAGAUCAAAGAUUUGGAAACAUUGCAACCAUUGAAAGAAUUCAAAAAUUUGAAAAAUUUGGAUUUGUUCAAUAAUGAAGCAACAGUUGUUGAGGGUUACAGACAGAAAGUAUUCAAUUUGAUUCCAAGUCUUAAAUAUCUUGAUGGUUUUGAUGUCAAUGACAAAGAAGCAGAUAGUGAAGGUGAAGAUGAUGAAGUUAACGGCAAUGAUGGAGAUUCAGAAGAUGAAGAAGGUAAGAAUGAUGACGUUCCUACAAGCAAUAGUUCUUCUCUGCCACUACUCAUGUAUAUGGUUUAUGGGCUGAUCUUCCAUAUGGGAAAGCUUUACUUAUCCACAGAUGAAGACGAUGAAUUGGACGAGGAUGAUGAAUUAGAUGAUGAAGAAGUUGGGUUACAAGCAGUUUAUAACGAGAAUUUGGAAGAUGAUAGUGAAGAAGAAGAUUAUGAAGCAGAGGAGGAUGAAGAAGAAGAUGAUGAGGAUGUUGAUGAAGAAGAUGAGGAAGAAGAUGGCGAACAAGAAUCGCCAACCAGAGGGAAAAAGAGAAAGCACGAGGAUGGAGAAGCAAAUUAAUUUUUUAAGUAUAACAAAAAUGUCUACGGACUUUGGACUGUUGUGGAGGCCUUGUAAAUCCUCUUGUGUAUAAACAAAACAAAAAAUAAAAAUUAAAAAUAAA